UCAGCUUCUGUACUGCGACGGCGGAGCAUCUCCGAAGUGCCCAUCGGAACGGCGCAGCUCGCUCUCUUGCAAUUCGGGAUCUCGCCCAUCUCAGCCGGAGCGUCGAUUCGGGUCGGGUUCGGAUCUUUUUGGGCUUUCCGGAGCGAGGGGGCGGAGGGAGAGGGGGAAGGGGAGAUGACGACGCUGCAGAAGUUCAAGCUGCUGGCGACGCAGUGCGCCGUCGUCGGGAGCCCGUCGCGCAGCCCCACCACGAGCCCGGUCGUCCACCUCCGCCGCCGCAGGACCCUCCGCAUGCUCCUCAACCGGGCGGAUCGCCGCCGGUUCCCCCGCCGCGAGGGCUCCCCGGAGCAGGACCCCGGUCGCCAGAGCCCCCCGGAGAACCCCGCCAGGUUCAGGGCCCGGCACAAGCUGCGGGACCUCUUCGUGUCGUCGUCCCCGCCGCCGCCGCCGCUCCCGCCGCUCGACGGCGCGGCGAGGCCGGAGAGGAGGCUCGAAGCGCGCGAGCGGUUGCUAGCCGAAGCGGGGACCGGGACCGGGACGGGCGGCGGCGGCGGGGGAUUCGCGGCUCGGCGCGGCGGCGCGGGCGGCUCAAUCAGGCCGUUGUCGGCGGCUUUCAGGUACAGAUUGCUCAGGAGACCUUGGCGACCGGUGCUGGUAGCGAUUCCCGAGUAGCAGCAAUGUGAUGUCAAAAUUCAAAAUUUUUCUCUCGAUAAAUAAUAUUAAAAUUUAAUUUUUCGAA